GCCUGAAGAAGGUGGGAGACGAAACCCCCUUCACAUGAGCUGGUGACGUCAUAAGCCGGCAAACGUAAGAGGAGUGACCUUCUGUGCGACCGCCACAACGAGUCCGUUUCGCCUAUCGAAGAGGAACCAGAAAAUAGCCAUUUUAAUUCACUAGUUUAUAAACUACAGCAGACUAUGGGCGACAUUGCAAAAGGCAAGAAGGCAUUUGUGCAGAAGUGCGCCCAGUGCCACACAGUAGAGGAAGGUGGCAAGCACAAGGUGGGCCCCAACCUGUGGGGUCUGUUCGGCCGCAAGACGGGCCAAGCGGAGGGCUACUCGUACACUGAUGCCAACAAGAGCAAAGGUAUUGUGUGGGGUGAGGACACCUUGAUGGUGUACCUGGAGAAUCCAAAGAAGUACAUCCCAGGCACCAAGAUGAUCUUUGCCGGCAUCAAGAAGAAAGGCGAGCGCCAGGACCUGAUAGCUUACCUCAAAUCGGCGACAUCAUGAAGGCCUCGUGUACGCACGCAUAUUUAACGUUUUAGUUCCGUUUUAUUUUUGUGUUUUAAAUCCACGCGCUAUAAAUGUCUUGUGUUGAGCUAUUUGUACAGAUGCUGAUAAGAGAGAGGGAGGCGCAUACAACUUCUUUUUGGCUCUCGUGCAUGUGGCCGAUGCAAUAUUUGGAAAUAACGUUAUAUAUGUUUAAAUCAUUUAAUGAUUGAACAUCAACAUCGUUGUAGAGUUGAAGUCAUUUGGUGCUUGCCAAUGACAGAAACUUCUCUGUACUUGGUUGUUAACAUUUAUUAAUAUAAAAAGGCAGCUCCUUUUGUCCGCUGAGGUCCAAAUGGUGCAAAGUGAGAUGCGCUGAAAUGAAGAACUUAAAAAAAGCACGCAGAAUGAAGGAGGCAUGAAUUGUUAUUUACCUGGUUUCACAGGCUGGAAAGAGUUUUAACUUAUUUUACUGCCAUGUAUGUGACAGUGUCUGUCAAAUGUUCACAAGGGGCUGCCGAACACGCAAUAAAAUACUGUAUGAAAAUCA